UUGCAUUGGAAGAUAAUUUUAAGAAAAUUGGGAAAGAAAUGGUGCAAAAAUGUGGGUAUUUGCCGUUGGCAAUUUCUUUACUCGGUGGGAUCUUGAGAAUAAAAAAUUCGAUGAAGGAGUGGGAGUUAGUAAAUGAGGAUAUCAAAGAAUUCAUACAUAGAGGUGAAAGUGAGAUUGAUGGCAUGGUGUGCUAAAUUUAAGCUAUGAAAGUCUACCCUAUUAUUUGAAGCCUUGCUUUCUCUAUAUGGGUUUAUUUCAAGAGGACGAAGAUAUAGAUGUUGAGGAUCUAUAUAGGAUGUGGAGAGCACAAGACAUGAUUUCAUAUGAGAAUAUUGGAGACAAUGACAAAAAUUUUAGGGAAAUCGCGGAGCUCUACUUGGGUGAGUUGGCCUCCAGGUCCAUCGUCCAAGUCGAAAUUUACGAUGGUGUCACACCUGGAAAAAAAUAUGAGACAUGCAAACUUCAUGAUGUAGUAAGAGAACUAUGUUUGAAAUUGGGGAGAAGUGAGGAUUUUGGUGCGCAGAGUUUGGAGUAUCAAAGUGGGAAAGCUUCCUCGCAUAGGAAAAUACGGCAUUUGACUAUACAUUUCUGGAAGGAAGUUCAAGUGGAACCUGACGAGCUUACACUCACUUGGGGAGAAGAUAGUAGCGAACAUUUAAGGUCUCUUCAAAUGUUCAAUCACAUAAAUUCGGGUGUUGUUGUUGAGUUUCCCCCGCAAGGUAUCGUUGAUUUUCAAAAAUUCAAAUUGCUGAGAGAUCUAGUUAUGGUGGGAUUCAAAUUUGAAGGAAGAAAGUUAUCGAAAGGAAUCACUAGUCUUGUUCACCUUAGACGUUUGUGCUUAGAAAGAUGUGAAUUUGAUACGCUACUGUCGUCCAUAAGAAAUUUGGUAUACAUGGAUACCCUUGAUUUAACUGAUUCGAUGAAUAUUGAAGUUCCAAAUGUUUUUAAGGAGAUGGUACGUUUAAAGCACUUGGUUCUUCCCGAUUAUGAUGAGGAAAAAAUUGGAAGUUAUCGAUUGACAUUGGACGAGGGAGUGAUUGAGUUGGAGACCCUGUGGAAUUUGGAUAGUAGAGUGCAUGAUAUAAAAUGUAUGAACAUAAUGAGGAAUCUGCAAAGUUUCAGAACAAGAAUACACGACAAUGAAAGCUUGUCAGCCAACAUCGACGCCAUUGCUCUCAUGGAAAAGUUACUGUAUUGUUUGGUUGAAAUAAAAAAGGGUUGCGAGUUAGGAACAAAUGAGGGAGUGUUAACGCUGAAGAAGGUAAUCACAUGUCCCAAUCUUCAUUCCUUGUGGAUUCAAGUUAAGUUAGGGAAGGCGCUGGCAGAGUGCGGGAGUGACUUCAUCAGUUCAAAACUUAUAACUUUGUUCCUGUCAGAAUGUGAGAUUGAGGAUGAUCCAAUGGGGAUAGUGGGGAAGCUUCCUUGCUUGACAUAUUUGUAUUUAUUGAGGAAAUCAUUUGUGGGGGAGGAGUUGACGUGUCCAUCAAACAGUUUUCCUCGCCUCAAAAAGCUUAUGCUAUCUAAAUUACCGAACCUGAGAGAGUGGAGAGUGGAGGCAGGAGCCAUGCCCCUUCUCUAUGAAUUGGAGAUCUAUGAUUGUUCCAGUCUGAAGAUGCUUCCAGAUGGUUUGAGUGGCAUUUCUACUCUUCGGAAACUGAAGAUUUUUAAAAUGCCGGAAAUGGGGAAGAGGGUAUCGGCAUCAGGAGAGGAUUUCCACAAACUCACCCAUGUCCCUUCAAUUAUCAUCCGAGACUAAAUGAUGAAUAACUAAUCUAGUCUCCACCCGGGAUACUUCGAGCUACAGUCUUGUUGUUGCAUGUCCCAAGUGUUUCUCUUUAAUUAUUUGCAUUCUUUUCUCUGCAACCUUGUCUCGCUUUAAUCACUUUCUUUCAAAUAAAUGUGUAUAUUUCUUUUGUACAUGGCAUGGGCGUGGUGGCCAUAUAUAUUAAUUCCAUUCCUUGUAUUAUUAAUCUGGAGAAUUUAUUCUAGACUUGCUUAGUUCCACAUUGAGUUAUUUUGGUAAGAUUCGGCCCAUGAGCCUUUGCUUGUAACUUCUGGAGAUUUAAGCUUUAUUUCUGUUCUUGAAUUGU